AUGGCACAUGUGUUCAUCAUUGUAGACUCGCCCGUUUCUCGAAAUUGCCUCUUGUUCUUUUUUCUUCUUUUUCCAUUCCGAAUUGUUUUGUUUUCUUUUUUUUUCUGCCUUCAAGCCUCAUCUUUCUUUUCACUCUUCAAAAUUUUUUUCUCUCUUUCUUCAUCAUUCGAAUUUUUUCUUCUUUCUCUCGUUUAUGUCUCGCAUUCGUUUCUUGUUUUUCCUUUUUUUUUUUUCGCAUGCCUCAAUUUUCUUUUCCUUCGCAUUCUUUCUCUCCGUUUUUCUUCUCUUUCCUUUUUUCCCUUUGUUUCUUUCAUUCAAUGUCUUCUUGUUGCAAUUUUCUGGGGUUUUUUUUUCUUUCUUUCCUUUCUCUCUCGUUUUCAUUCUUUCUUUCUUUGGUCCUUUUCCCGCUGUCUAAGGUCUUUGAUUUUUUUGUCAUUCCGUCUUCAUUUAUAUUUUCGCUUAUACUUUCCUUCAUAUACUGCCCAACAUUUCUAUUUUAUUUAUUUCUUCCUUCCUUCUAUUAUUUCUUUCUUUCUUUCUUUCUUUCUUUCUUAA